AUGGCAUCAACUAUAUCGAUGAGAGAAUCAACAAAAGAAUCGAUAUCACAACCAGAAUCAAGAAGUUCUAAAAUAACAAAUAGUAUACCAGACACAAUUUCUCUCCUUGAACUCGUGAUAUUUUUCCAAUUCGUAAUUGCCUUUGCGAUUUUUAUUUUGGCGACUGUUGGCGUAGCAGUUGGUUAUGAGGUUUCAACAUUUUAUGUUUUAUCUUUACUUGAAGUCGUUAUCGCUGCGCCAGGUGUUGCGCAUAUUGCUUUGAAAUCAUCGAGUAAGUAAAUAUAUUCACAGCUUAAUCUAAGAUCUAAGAAAAUGUGUUGCAGUAUACCUCGCUGUCUAUGUAUCAUUUCAAGUAAUAACUGCCAUCUCUGAAAUAUUCUGGAUUGUUUAUAUCAUUGCAAGCAAUGGUGGAACUCUAAAAUGGCUUAGUUUAUCGAUUCUUCUUUUUGUUCAAACUAUCGCUAUUUUCUUUGCUUUUGUCAGUCGCGACACUGCUAUCCAAUUCACUGAUAAACUUGUGCCACGAAUUGUCAAAACACAUCAGAACACAUCGCUAACAAAAUCAAAAGAUAUUCCACAAAAGAAACCAUAUCUUCGUGAUCCAAGUUCUUUGUCAGCUGAAACAACGACACCAAGACAUAAUGAUAGAUCUGAAUCAGAAAAAUCUGUCGAUUAUUCACCAAAGCCAAAACCAAAAAGAAAAUUGAGAAAGAAGUCGAAAAAAGAGGGAAAUACUCCAAGAAAACCAAAAAGUAUUUCGAGUUCAACAAGUGAAACUCCAAAAUUGACUGCUCCUCUCGAUAGUUUGUGCGAUUGA